AUGGAGCACACAAACCUGUUCCGGGAGGAGGACUUCCCUCGUCUAGAGGUUCCAGAGGACUCUGUUAGUGGUGAAGUCCUGCACCGUCUGGAGAUGUUAAGCAUGCAUCAAGUGGACUUUGGCGGUGCCUUGUCGCACGCUGGGGGGAUAUGUGCGGUGCGUGUCUCUGUGGAUAUCCAUGCGAUACCGUCUGUGAUGGUGUGUGAUCUGGUGCCUCCGGUAGUCGAAGCAGCUGCGGUGUUUGGUGAUCGUGAGAUGCGGGACCGUGUGCGGCCUCCUGGUGGUUCUGCUGUGGCGCCUCUGAGGGAUGUAGACAGUUCGAACGACUUGUGCCCAGUCUCGAAGCGCUCGCAGAGGGCUCCUAGUUUGUCACCCCCUCGUUGUGUCACCUGGGCCGACGUGUUGGACUAUGCGGAUUCGUCAUCUUCUGAGGAUGAUGGUGGUGAUUUGCCAGGGGCUCUUUCGGGGCCUGCUAGUGUCUUCCCAGAAUUCUAUUUUCAACAAUUUACCGUCUCUUUAUUCUUGUUCUCAUCUCCCCACGGCCUGAUUCUCCUCUCUCUCUCUCUCUCUCUCUUUCCCCUGACAGGCGAGCCGGUGGAAUUCAAGAUCAAGGAGGGCAACGCGGAAGGUCUCUUCUCCCUAGAUAGCGCCAGCGGGCGUCUCUUCUCCCUGCAGCCACUAGACUAUGAAGAGCAACAACAGCACGAGCUGGUGGUGGAGGCGCGGGUCGGGGAGGCGUCGACCGAGGCCACAGUGGUGGUCAAUGUGAAGGAUGUCAAUGACCACGCUCCGGCCUUCCCCCGGGCCGUGCACGAAACUCAGAUCACUGAGGAGGACGACAGACAUCUUCCGAAGACCAUCCUCACGGUGAGAGCCACGGAUGAGGACGCUGGGGAGUUUGGCCGUGUCCACUACUCCGUGUCUGGUGAUGGUAUCUACUCCAACGGUUCCACACCAAGCUUUGCUGUCAAUCCCGCCUCGGGUGCUAUUGACCUCCUCAGGCCACUGGACCGGGACCCUCCCCAUGGAAAGUCCCGGUGGCACUUACAGGUGGUGGCUACUGACGGGGAACUCAACGCCACCACAGCCGUCCACGUCAAUCUCAAGGACAUCAACGACAACGCCCCUUACUUCCCCCAGUCUGUCGUCAACGCCACCAUCUCUGAAAACACUCAAGAAGGGGCGUCUGUAGCUCAGGUGUCGGCGACAGACAACGACGAUCCUCGCGAGGGCCACAACGCCCGUCUUGUCUACUCCCUGGAGAAGAACGUAAUCGACGAGGCCUCUGGGCGGCCCAUCUUCGCCGUGGAUAGCCAUCUGGGACUCAUCACCACGGCCCUCUGCUGCCUCGAUAGGGAGAAAACCCAACGCUACGCCAUUCAGGUCGUAGCUACAGACGGAGGUGGCCUGAAAGGCACGGGGACGGUGCUGGUGGAGGUGACAGAUGUGAACGAUGUUCCCCCGAGGUUUUCCAUGAAGGAGUGGACCCUGGAGGUGCCUGAGAGCCUCACCCCGGACCACGUUCUGGCCACGCUCACCGUCCUCGACCAAGACACCUCCAAUAACUUCACCUUCAUGGUGGUGCCAGGCAGCGGUCGUGGCUGGCACAUGUUCCGCGUUGACGAGAAGGUCAAUGGCACCCUUGGUGGGGACCUAAGGGCCCUCAUCCCUCUAGACUACGAGAACCCUGAACAUCGUCGAGGAUUUCGCUUCAGGGUUCAAGUUACAGAUAUGGGAGAGGAUGGCUGGGACGACAAGAACCACGUUGACGGGGCCUGGGUCAACCUCCAGCUGGUGGAUGCCAACGACAACACGCCCACGUUCACCAGAGACCACGCCCACCUCACGCUCCCCGAGGACACGCCCCCAGGGACCCACCUGGCCACCUUCACCGCCCACGAUGUUGAUGGGGCAGGCGAGAGUCGGGUGCAGUACUUGGUGGACCCCGCAAGCGACCAUGGAAGGAGGUUCGCAGUUGACGGGUCGGGUGCGGUUCGACUCGCGGGGAGUCUCGACCGCGAGAACACCCGCUCUCACGAUGUGCGGGUGUGGGCGGUGGACGAUGGUGUUCCGCCCAGAACCGCCACUGCCACCUUGAUGGUGAACGUUACAGACGUGAACGACAACCCGCCGUUCCUGUCUGAGCCGCAGGAGGUGCAGGUGGAGGAGAACGCCGAGCCCCAGGUGGUGGCCAGGGUCAGGCUGGGUGACCCUGAUGACUGGCGCCAAGGUCAUGGUCCUCCCUUCACGAUAGCCCUUGACCCACAUGCCCCAGCGUACAUCUUGGACGCUGUAUGAGUUGGGCUUCACAGUGAGCGAUGCCAGCCAGGGUCAGUCAGGGGUCAUGGCCAACGUGUCGGUUGAGGUCAAAUCUCUCAGCCACCGUGACGUGAUCGACGCCACUCCUCUCACUCUAGCUGCUGACCCCUACCAUGUGGUCAAAGAGGACGCCGAGGGAGGAACGUCUAUCCUGAGUCAGCUGGUGGUGGCAGCACGGGCUUGGGUCAAGGGCAGUGACGUGGGCGUGAAGGCUGUGUCCGUGCAGCCGCUGGAGACUCAUCCAACGCCCACCACCAGGGUGUGGCUCUCAUCCCCAGGAGUCCCCAACCUACACCACAUCCUCCUUCACCGUAAGGAUGAGUUGGGUCACGCUGUAGGGGUGAGCAUCACAGAGGUGGGCGUGGGCCCGUGUCAGGAGGAGCACCAGGAGAUGACAGAGAUGCCAAGCUGCCUCGGAGGUUGCUCAGCGCAGGCUUCCCUUAGCGGAGGCUUCACCGUGGUGGAUGCCAACACAUCAGCCGUAGUAGGGCCUUGGGUGGGUGUCCAGAGCGGUUGUGCUUGCGGUACGAGAACGCCAGCUGACCGUACCAUCUGUACCCCAGAGACUUGUCUUAACGGCGGUCGUUGUAUCCCUACGUCCGCUGGUACCAGAUGUAUAUGUCCUUAUGGGACCCAAGGAUCCCGCUGUAAGAUCCUGUCAAGACACUUCGAGGGCGGCGGGGGCGUGAACGACAGCGGCGGGGGAGAAGAUAGCCCCGUGGGCGGGUGGGCGUGGGUGUCGUCCAUCCCGCCCUGCACCGAAGUUCACCUCAGUCUAGAGUUCCUGACGGAAUCCAGAGAUGCAAUGCUGCUCUUCUCCGGACCGGACCACUUGCCGCCUACCCCGGGGGCGCCCAGCGACGUGGUGGCCCUUGAGCUAAGGGGAGGUCGUCCUUUCCUCCUUCUGGACCUCGGGGCUGGCCCGGCCACUAUUUCACUCGAGGCUUCGGAGACACUCGCUGACCACACCUGGCAUAGACUCGACCUGAUCUGGAGAUAUGAGUUGGUGGAGAUGAUUGUUGACCUAUGUGCUGGUGGCACCCUCGAUGCCUCCCCGCUUCCCUCCACCAGACCCGCCCACAACCGCUCAGACACGCCCACGGCGCCCCCGCCCACGCCUCCGAACCCCCAGACGUGCAGGGGUACAGCCAGACUCCCAGACGGGGCCCACCUGCUGAAUACCCCACAUCCCCUUCAGGUGGGAGGUUUGGCCCACCCGGCUCCCUCCCACACCGCGUACGGCUGGCCAGCUCCUCUGCUUCCCAAACCGUUUCUCGGGUGCGUGAGGAACCUCAGAAUUAAUGGAGAGCUGGUGGACCUGGGACGGGAGGUUCUUCACCAGAGGAGCUCCCCGGGAUGUCCGGCAGUGGACUGUGUCUCUAACGGCCUUGUCUGCGGCGUCCACGGCAGGUGCCAAGGGUCACCAGGUACUCUGAGGUGCGAGUGCCAGCCAGGGUGGGCGGGGCCAGGGUGUGGCACGCCCUCCACGCCCACGACCUUCCUCCUCAACAGCUACGUGAAGCUGGCGCUCUCCUUCACACCUCUUGCCUACACCACCACCGUCCAUCUCAGGUUUCGAACAUGGAAACGAGACGGGGAACUGGUGGUGCUGUGGUCGCAACACGGACGGGACCGUCUGGCGGUGCAGCUGGUGCGAGGCCAGCUGUGUCUCGUGCUCCGUCUGCACCCGGAGCCUCCCAAGGCCCUCUGUCUAACCAGAGCCCAGCUGACAGAUGGCUCCUGGCACUCUGUGGCAGCCGCCAGACACGGCUCCACGACCUUCCUGACGGCGGACGACGGAGAGGGCGACCUGUAUAACGCUUCCUUGUCCAUGGAGGGGCGCCAGUUGCUGCAGGUGGACAAGCAGGAGGGUGUCCACGUCGGAGGCUCACCCGAGUACGUGGGGGUGAGCGUCUUCAAGAUCGACGGGGACUACUACGAGGGGUGCAUCGACGAUGUGAGGAUCUCUGGGAAGAGCGUCCCGCUGCCGCCGGCUAUCAACGGCACGGCGUGGGGCCAAGCCAGCAUGUUUAAGGGCGUGGAGGGGGGGUGCCGCGCCCCCCCGGCCUGCACCAACGUCACCUGCAGGGCCCCCCUCACCUGCGUCGACACCUGGAGGUCCUACCACUGCGGGUGUGGAGAGGGUCGCGUGCUAUCUGCCAGUCGGGCCACCUGUGAAGAUGAGGACGAGUGUGUGUGGGAACCGUGUCUAAACGGGGGCACCUGCUUUAACAAGCCCUCAGGAUACUUGUGUGCGUGUCCUAAUGGCUUCAACGGUCACCAUUGCCAACUACCUGACGUGGGCGAUACUUCCCUCAAGCUCUCCCUCGGAGCUCUCGUCGCAAUCCUUGUCUGGUGUACCUUCCUCUUCCUAUUAAUCUGCGCCUUCCUGCUUCACCAACACCAUCGGCGGUCUGCCCUGCGUCGAGGCAUGGCUGACGGUAAGGAUACAGCCAUGAACGGCAAGGAGCAGGCGUCGGCUCCCUGCAACCACGCACCCAACCUCCUGGAACUGAAGCUGCUCAAGCCCCCGAAGGCCAACGGGCAGCCGGCUUGGACCAAGAACCUCAAUAUAGCAGACGUGGACGUGUUGCAAGUGGAUGCUGCCUCGGUCACCAGCAGCCUGGAGGAACAGAGACGUGGAGGCGGCACAGCAGCCGGAGCGGAAAACAGACGCGGAGCGGAGACGAGGAACGGAGGGAAGAAAGGUGCAGGCAGUAAAGGAGGGAGUGCCUCUAAUCCUCCGGCUGGGGAUGACUUGAGGAACUACGCUUAUGAAGGGGAAGGUUCUUCGCCUGGGUCCCUCUCUUCUUGUUUGGAGAGCUGCAGCGGCAGUGCCAAGUUCCUGGGAGGGUUCAGAGAGGUGGCGCACAUGUUGGAGUCGUGGGACCCCACCGGUUCGCAUCCCAGCCACUCGACAAGCCACAAAGGCAGCACGCCGACGCCGACGCCGCCACCACCACCCCCUCCUGCCGCAAUCACGACGAUCCUCUGCGAUAUCCACGCUCCGAGAGGCCCCGAGGGUGACCCAAACCCUCCCACGACCUUCCCAGACCCAUUGCCCUCGCCUAUCACCGAUGGGGUAUCGGCCACGCUUCUUCCAGACUCGCUCACCACAGCCAUACCCAUGCCAAUGCCCGACCCUCCGGGUGCCUUCACCACGUAGUGACUCCGAUCAAACUCUCGACGAGGAAGUGCUUCAAAAUUGAAUAUAUUUCGAGGAUAUUUUAAUAACGGGACUUUUAACGAAAAGGCGACGGUCAAUUGUUGGGAUUUGACUUGCGUUGAUUUUUUGCAUCUAAUGAACAGGUGUUUAUAUUUGUCAUUUGCAAAAAGUGUCGUCUAAAAAAAAUUAUAUAUUUUUUUUGUCUGUCCUUCUCUCGAUCUGUCUCUUUCCUUCUGUCUCGCUAACUCUUUAUAUAACUAUUGUCUAUCUAUAUCUCUCUCUUCUACUCUCAAUCUCGCUCCAAAGAAAACAAUUCUUUUCUAUUUGAUGUCACACCUUGAUCAAUGCAAUUUUUUGUCAUUUCAAAAACACAAACAUUUUAAAUGUUAUUUCAUUAAACAUACAUUGAGCGUUUAAUAUAAAUGUGUUACCUCUUAAAUACACAAAUUAUUGAUACGAAAAUAUUGUCUGUCAAUCUGCUACAGACAUGCGAGCCCCUCAAGUCUGUCAAGAUCGUCUCACGAGCCCCUCAAGUCAGUGAAGAUCGUCCCCUCAAGCCCCUCACGUCUGUCAAGAUCGUCCCCUCAAGCCCCCUCAAGUCAGUAAAGAUCGUCCCCUCAAGCCCCCUCAAGUCUGUCAAGAUCGUCUCACGAGCCCCUCAAGUCAGUGAAGAUCGUCUCACGAGCCCCCUCAAGUCUGUCAAGAUCGACCCACGAGCCCCUCAGUCUGUCAAGAUCGUCCUACGAGCCUCUCACGUCUGUCAAGAUCGUCCCAAGAGCCCCUCAAGUCUGUCAAGACGGUCCCUCGAGCCCCCAAGACAGUUACAUGAGAGGGCCCAUGGUGCCGCUCCGGCUUAAAUGAUAAAGUAUUUUGUAUUUUUCUAACAAUUAUACCAUAAAUAAAUUUAUGAUGUUGUUA